UUUCCGCUUCCGUCAAACGUAGUUUCAAUGUCGUUAGGGUUUGUUUUGUGAAGAGUCCAGCUUCGUUUGCUGGAAGUGCUUGGCUCUGUACAACCCCUAGGAGCUUGUCGUCGUUACUCUCAAGAUAGCCGAUUGCGUGCAAGGCAGUCUACUACUGUAAUUUUUUCGCGUGUCCGAGUUUUGGGUUCGAGCGAUGGGAACCACGGGGGAAGUGAGGGACGCAGGGAAAGAGCAGGUGAUGGAGUCGGGGCAUCAGGAUGUGGUGCACGAUGUGUCCGUGGACUAUUAUGGAAAGCGAUUGGCAUCGUGCUCUUCAGAUCGGUUGAUCAAGGUCUUCGCUAUUAGCUCUGAGGACGUGUUACCGAAUUCACUGGCGACAUUGGCUGGACACGAAGGUCCCGUAUGGCAGGUCGCAUGGGCGCAUCCCAAGUUUGGGAGCAUUCUAGCUUCGUGUUCAUAUGAUCGGAAAGUUAUCAUUUGGAGAGAAGGGGCUGAGAACGAAUGGCAUCAAGAUCAGGUAUUCCAGGAGCAUGAAUCAUCAGUGAACAGCAUUUCCUGGUCACCACAUGAGUUUGGGCUGGGUCUAGCUUGUGGUUCGUCAGAUGGAACCAUCUCAGUUCUUACACUGAAACCUGAUGGUUCAUGGGAAAAGGCCAAAAUUCAGCAGGCUCAUCCCGUUGGAGUGACUUCUGUUUCGUGGGCAUCUGCGAGUUCCCUGGAGACUUCCAUAGGAGCGGACUCAAGACUCCUCCAGAGGCUUGCGUCUGGUGGUUGUGACAAUACCGUGAAAGUGUGGAAAUUUGAGAACAAUAGCUGGAAGCUGGACUGCUUUCCUCCUCUGUCAAAGCAUGUUGACUGGGUACGCGAUGUGGGAUGGGCGCCAAAUUUUGGGCUUGGAAGGUCUACCAUCGCUAGUGCAUCCCAGGAUGGGACAGUCGUCAUCUGGACUCAGAAGAACGACGGGGAUCAGUGGCAAUCGUUGACUCUUAAUGAUUUUAAGACUCCAGUGUGGCGGGUAAGCUGGUCCCUAACAGGAAACAUACUAGCUGUUUCAGACUCCAGCAGCAAGGUAACGUUAUGGAAAGAAGAGGUUGAUGGAGAUUGGGUACAGAUUUCGAAUGCGCAAUGAGUUCACAUGUUUUAUUUGAGAUGUCUCCAGUGGCGUUCAUGAUGUAAAGCAUAUUUUCUGUAGAUAGUACAGUAGAGAUCAUUCAAGUUUAUAGAUGAAGAUUUUGGAAGCCCUGAAGAGCUGCAGAGAAGGUGACUGCAUGUUUGAAUGCUUAACAUUUUUGCACCCGAAGCAUGCAUGAAUUGAAGAGCACAUGAUGGAUCCACUCCAUCUGUUCUGACCUCUGAUUUCUAAACG